UGCUAUUUAGUCUAAUAAUCGAAACAAUUCAUAAUUUUGAGUACACAUCUACAUAUGUUUCUAACUGCAAGGUUAUGUUCAAAAUGUUGCCAAUCGACGCGACCUAGUCGAAUGUGUGCUUAUCUGUGUAGAUAAGUGUUUCGUUUUUAUACGUUUACGUUCAUAAAUGUGCUUUAUUUAAUGUUAUUAUUUGUUGAUAAAAAUAUUCAUUUGUUAGAUAUAAAAGAAGAUUUCUGUAAAGAACUGUUUGGUGCAUAUUAGUUACUUAUAAUUUUUUAACAAAAAUUAAUAAAUUUCUUUUAAUAUUUUUUUCAUUUUUAUUAUUAACAAGAUAUUUUUACAACAAAUGAUGUUGAAAGCUGUUAUAUUAAUCGGUGGCCCUUUAAAAGGGACCAGAUUUCGUCCUCUCUCAUUAGAUAUACCUAAACCACUAUUUCCAGUUGCCGGUUUACCUAUGAUUCAACAUCAUAUUGAAGCAUGUUCCGAAGUACCAAAUUUAGAAGAAAUUUUAAUAAUUGGAUCAUAUCCUGCCAAUGAAUUAUCACAGUUUAUUAUGGAUAUGAAAAGCACAUAUGGUGUAAUUAUUAGGUAUUUGCAAGAAUUUACACCGUUAGGUACAGCUGGAGGCAUGUAUCAUUUCCGAGAUCAAAUUCGUUCUGGUAGUCCAUCAUAUUUUUUUGUAAUGAAUGGAGAUGUAUGCGCCGAUUUACCCUUACCAGAGUUAGUAGAAUUUCAUAGUAAAAAGCAAGCGUUACUUACUAUUAUGGCUACAGAAGCCACUAGACAACAAUCAUUAAAUUACGGAUGUAUGGUUUUGAAUAAAGACGGAGAAGUGGCACAUUAUGUUGAAAAACCAUCAACAUUUGUAUCUACUCUUAUUAAUUGUGGAAUAUAUAUCACAUCUCCUGAUAUAUUUCAAUCAAUGGCGGAUGUUUUUUAUGCUAGUCAACAACAAGAAAAUUCUUUACAGAUAAAUGGAAAUGGUAGAGACCCUGCUAAUAUUGCAUUGGAACAAGAUAUAUUAACGCGAUUAGCAGGAACUGGAUGUUUAUUUGCUUUACCUGUUUUAAGAUGGUGGUCACAGGUAAAAACAGCAGGAUCUGCAAUUUAUGCAAAUAGACAUUAUUUAGCUUUAUAUAAAACCAAACGUCCAAAUUAUCUUACUUCUCCAAAUAGAAAUACAUGUAAUAUUAUUGGAGAUGUAUACAUUCAUCCAACAGCUUCUGUUCAUCCAUCUGCUAUGUUAGGACCAAAUGUUAGUAUAGAGAUGAAUACAGUUAUCGAAGCUGGUGUAAGAAUUAAAGAAUCAAUAGUUUUGGCCAAUGCGCAUAUUCAAGCACAUACUAUUAUUUUAAAUAGUAUAAUAGGAAAAGGUAGUCGUGUGGGAGAAUGGGCACGAGUAGAAGGUACUCUGUGCGAUCCAAAUCCUGAUAAGCCAUUUGCAAAGAUGGAAAAUUUAUCUCUUUUCAAUGUUAAUGGCAAAUUAAAUCCUUCAAUUACGAUACUUGGCACAAGCGUUACUUUGGCAUCUGAAAAAAUUCUCUUGAAUUCUAUCGUAUUGCCGCACAAAGUAUUAACGAGGAAUUUUAAAAAUGAAAUAAUUUUAUAAAUACUUUUUUUUUGUAUAUUAUUGGAAAUAAUGAUAAUAAAUGUAUAUAAUAAUGUUCACGCACAAUUUAUACAUAUUCUAGUCGAAUAUGUAACGUGUGUAAAAAAAGGAUAUUAUUUAUAGUCAAUUAUUAUAUAUAUAUAUACCUUUGCAUCAUCAUUUAGGUGCAUGACCACCAAAGCUGAUAGUUAAAGGUUCAAUAACUUUGUAUUAUAGAUCAUAAAUUGUUUUUCUAAGUACAAUGUACGAAUCAGCUUUUAUCGAAAUUAGAAAAGAAAAAAAUAGAUAAACAAAAAUUUUGUAUAACAAUUAUA